CCCGUCAAACAUACUAGUCCCGUCAAACAGACUAGUCCCGUCAUACAGGCUAGUCCCGUCAAACAGACUAGUCCCGUCAAACAGACUAGUCCCGUCACGGUCAAACAGGCUAGUCCCGUCAAACAGACUAGUCCCGUCAAACAGACUAGUCCCGUCAAACAGACCAGUCCCACCAGUCCCGUCAAACAGACUAGUCCCGUCAAACAGACUAGUCCCGUCAAACAGACUAGUCCCGUCAAACAGACUAGUCCCGUCAAACAGACUAGUCCCGUCAAACAGACUAGUCCCGUCAAACUGCUACUAGGCCGACGGUAG